AUGAAACCACUACUGCGUAAAUCAUCAAAAGGGUUGAAUCAUCUUUUAUCAACAGUUAAUGAAGCACUAGGUGCACUCAAAGCAUUGGGAUCACCUACCAACAAAUGGGAUCAAAUUAUUGUAUACACAAUAGUCAACCGUUUAGAUUCGGACACACAUGAAGCAUGGGAACUACACGAAGGUGCUUCAAUGUCUCCUUCAUCAUUUCAAGAUCUUGAACACUUUAUUGAAAGUCGUGCUCGUGCUUUGGAAUCAAUCGAAGGUCGCGAAUUUACAAAAUCAGCAUCCAUAUAUCAAGAUAAAUCGACUAGUCGUUCUCCAAAUGCUAGAAUCCAUGUUGCUGUGGAAAAUCAAGAAAAGGGAUCGAAGUAUAGCUGCUCACUUUGUAGCUCAGAUCAUUAUCUAACGAGUUGCAAAGCCUUUGGUCAGAAAACUCCAAACCAACGACGUCAGUUUGUAGUAUCCAACCGGUUGUGUUUUAAUUGCCUUGGUCCUCAUAUGCUAAAAGACUGUCGCUCAGUAAAGUCAUGUGUACAAUGCAGACGACGUCACCAUACAAUGAUUCAUGACGCAGUCACACAGUCUUCACAUGAAUCCCCGAGCAGCAAAUCCACAGGUAACGUGUCAUCAAACUCCAACGAAGCUAAUCCGUCUACAUCCUCCGCUGAUCGAACGGUCAAUCAUGCGUCGUCGAUAUGUGUUCCUUCUCAAUCAAUGGUGCUACUCGCAACAGCUCAAGUCAGAAUCUCAGGGGAAGAUGGUAAUUUCGUAAUCGCGAAAGCUCUUAUUGAUCCAGGGUCCGAAAGUUCGUUCAUCAGUGGACGUCUUGUUCAGAAUCUUCGUCUUAGACGAUCAUCUACAUCAAUCUCUCAUAUCGGAGUAGGAGCAACUCAAUCUUCAACUGCACGUGGGGCGGUAUCUAUCCAUAUUGGCUCCGCCUUCGACUCCAAUGUUAGUAUAAAAGUAAAGGCUUAUAUUUUAUCUAAGCUCACUUCAACGUUACCAUCAAGGCAACCAGCUACAUCUCAUUGGCCGCAUAUAUCAGGCCUACAACUCGCAGACCCAUCAUUCAUGAUACCAAGUUCGAUUGAUUUGAUUCUUGGUGCCGAUAUUUACGGAAACAUUAUUCUUUCCGAUGUCAUCAAGGGGCCACCACAAUGCCCUAUCGCUCAAUCUACCAUAUUCGGGUGGAUUUUAUCAGGACCAAUCAACAGAAAUCUCACUGAGUCGACCGCCACUGUUUAUCAUUGCUCACUUGAUGUGCAACUGGACUUGCUUCUUCAACGUUUCUGGAAUCAAGAAGAAAUCAUGGAUGGUAAAGCUACCAGCUUGUCACCAGAGGAAGAAGUUUGUGAGCAACAUUUCUUAUCGACUCAUUCGAGAUUAGACUCUGGUCGAUACGUAGUUCGACUGCCAUUGAAAGAAUCACCAGAUGCACUAGGAGAAUCUCGAGGUCCUGCAACGAAGAUGCUUCAUUCACUUCAACGUCGGUUAAACUCUGAUAAUGAGUUUCGCCACCUAUAUGAUGAAUUCAUCCGAGAAUAUGAAUCACUCAACCACAUGUCUCUUGUAUCAGCCAACUCAGUCGAACCGAAGUGUGUUUUUUAUCUACCUCAUCACGGCGUGCUACGUUCGACAAGUACUACCACUAAACUUCGUGUCGUGUUCAACGGAUCAAUGCGGACUAGCUCGGGAAAAUCACUUAAUGAUAUUCUCCACACUGGCGAAAAACUUCAAACCGAUCUUCCAGAUGUUCUCUUGUGGUUUCGACGAUUCAAAUAUGUCUUCGUGUCAGAUAUCGAAAAAAUGUAUCGUCAGAUAGUGGUCGAUCAUCAUGAUUGGUAUCUUCAAAGGAUCCUGUGGAUGCAGGAUGGUGUCAUCCAAACUUAUCAAUUAAAAACCGUAACCUAUGGUUUAGGAUGUGCGCCAUUCUUGGCAUUGCGAACGCUCAAACAAUUAAUACUCGACGAUGGAAAUCAAUUUCCGUUGGCUGAGUCAACGAUGCUCAAAGGGCGAUAUGAAGAUGAUAUAUUUGGUGGAGCUGAUACUGUCUCUGAAUGUAGUCAAAUCAUCACUCAGGUUGAUCAAUUAUGUAGACGCGGCGGGUUUAUUCUCAAAAAAUGGGUCAGCAAUCAUCCCAAUUUGUUAGAAAGCAUUCCACCAGAAUAUCAUGCCAAGGAAGCUACAAUUCUUAUCGAUCAAUCGUCAAUUUUAGGUCUCUCCUGGAAUCCAUCAAGUGACAGAUUUUCAAUCAUUGUCAACAGUGAACCACUGCAGCGCUCUGCAUUAAGUGCAGUUGUUUAUCUCAGAGUGGAAACUUGCUCCUCAAUUAGCGUCAACAUUGUGUGUGCAAAAACAAAAGUGGCACCGUUGAAGAAAAUGACAAUACCACGUUUAGAACUUACUGCAGCUGCUCUGCUUACUCGACUCGCAGGAUAUGUACGCAGAACUAUGGACCUACAUUCAGCACCACUAUGGCUUUGGACCGAUUCAUCAGUUGCACUCACGUGGAUCACAUCUCAUCCAAGUAAAUGGAAGGAUUUUGUUCGAAAUCGUGUCACCUUCAUCCAAGAAAACCUAUCAUCAGCUCGUUGGAGAUUUAUCGCUGGAAAACAAAAUCCAGCUGACUGUGCGUCCCGCGGACUCUCAGCCCAAGCUCUUGAUAAACAUCAAUUAUGGUGGAAAGGUCCCGAAUGGCUUUUUCUACCAUCUGACCAAUGGCCCCAUGACAUUUGCUCACCAUCACUUGUCCCAGCUUCGGAAGUUCGAUCUGCAAAAGUGAAUCAUUGCUCACAAAUUGAGUUAGAGCCGGAAUUGUUGCAUCGAUAUUCUAACUUAAAUCGACUCUUGCGUAUCACAUCUUGGUGCAUGAAGUUCAUCAAUCGUAGCCGUAGAAUCAAGGAUGAUGAUCCACCAGCCUUGUUAACUACUCAUAAUCUUCAGGCGUCUCUAUUAAUUUGGGUUCGGAUUAGCCAAAGGAUUGCAUUUUCAAACGAGUUGAAGUUGUUGCAGAAGAAACAACCAAUCACUAGCUCGAGUUCUUUGCGCUUGCUCACUCCAUUUCUCGAUCAAAAUGGUCUGAUACGAGUUGGUGGACGUCUUGAACAAUCAUCACUGGAUUAUUACUCAAAGCACCCCUAUAUCCUCUCGAAAGAUUCCACUCUGUCUCUUCUAAUAAUCCAAAGUGCUCAUCUUCGAUCACUCCACAGUGGUACCAGUAACACUUUAGCAGCAGUUCGACAAAAAUUUUGGAUACUGGGAGCUCGUCUAGCAGUUCGAAAAGUAAUCUUGAAAUGUGUAAUCUGCGCACGCCAACGUGCUAAACGAGCUGAACAACUCAUGGGACAACUUCCAGCAGCGCGUACGACUCCAUCCCGCCCCUUUUGCCACUCAGGGGUUGAUUACGCUGGCCCAUUUCUUGUUAAAACAUGGCAUGGGCGUGCUGCUAAAACAUACAAAGGCUAUGUUGUUUUGUUUAUAUGUUCCUCUACGUCUGCAAUUCAUCUCGAGAUAGUUACAGACUAUUCCACUAGUGGUUUUAUUGUUGCAUAUAAACGCUUCACUGGACGUCGCGGGAUCUGUGCUACACUCUCAAGCGACUGUGGAACUAAUCUUGUGGGGGCUGAUGCUGAACUCAAACGACUCUUUACGGAGUCAUCCACACAGCUUAAAACUCUUCGUUCGUUACUUGCAAACGACGGAACUCACUGGCACUUUAAUCCACCGUCUGCCCCACAUUUUGGCGGCCGCUGGGAAGCUGGAGUUAAAUCCGUCAAACAUCAUUUAAAGAGGGUUAUUGGUAACACUCUCCUUACAUACGAAGAAUUCACCACUGUUCUGAUACAAAUUGAAGCAGUGUUGAAUUCAAGGCCUCUUUGCCGGCUUACUGAUGAUCCAGAUGACCUCGCAGUCUUAACACCCGGACAUUUCCUCACUGGUGGACCCUUAACGACUAUUCCCGAGCCAGCAUUAACACAUUUGAAAAUUACACAUUUAUCUCGUUGGCAAUUAACUCGCCAAAUUCUCGAAAACUUCUGGACGAAAUGGUCCAGAGAAUAUCUUCAACAGUUGCAGGCUAUUUAUAAGUGGCAAUAUCCUGCAAAUCAAAUCAAAAUCGGAUCAAUUGUUUUAAUCGUUGAUGAAAGAUAUCCGGCAUCUAAAUGGCCAUUAGCUAAAGUCAUCCAACUUCAUCGUGGAGCUGAUAAUCUUACUCGAGUAGUGACACUCAAAACGGCAACUACAGUGCUGAAACGGCCGAUUGUUAAGCUGUGUGUACUUCCCAUUUCAGACACCACAUAA